UCCUUCGUCGCCGAGUGGUGUGCGAGCGACUGGGCCGUCUCGAAAACUGUCUCGUGGGUAGACUCAAACAUAUUAUUGAUAUUGACCAUAGUGCAUAUCUAUUUUGGUUCAUUGUUGAAUAAUACAUUUAACGAUACUGUUAUAUUUCUAGAAAAGAUAGAGAAUGGCUGCUGCCGCUGAGGUGAAUGGUACUUCUGCCCUGGUGAGGGAGGAAGAGGAGCCUAUGGAAGUCACUGCCGAAGGCGAGCACACAGAGAACUACCAGACGCUCAUCGACGCUGGACUGCCUCAGAAAGUGGCCGAGAGUCUCGACAACGUAUUCUCAACUGGCUUGGUGGCGUACGCUGACCUGGAUGAGAGGGCCAUUGAUGCUCUGCGGGAGUUCAAUGAAGAGGGAGCGCUGUCUGUACUGUUGCAGUUCAAAGAAAGUGACCUGUCCCAUGUGCAGAACAAAAGUGCUUUCCUUUGUGGAGUCAUGAAGACGUACAGACAGAGGGAAAAGCAGGGAAGUAAAGUACAAGAAUCCACCAAGGGUCCCGAUGAGUCCAAGAUCAAGGCUCUGUUGGAGCGGACAGGAUACACCUUGGACGUCACGACGGGACAGAGGAAAUAUGGAGGGCCCCCACCAGAGGAAGUGUUCCAGGGAGCACAGCCUGGGAUUGGAACUGAGGUGUUUGUGGGAAAGAUCCCCAGAGAUCUGUAUGAAGACGAGCUGGUGCCACUGUUUGAGAAGGCGGGAACAAUCUGGGACCUGAGGCUAAUGAUGGACCCUCUGUCGGGUCAGAACCGGGGAUACGCCUUCAUCACCUUCUGCGGCAAGGAUGCAGCAGCUGAGGCGGUGAAACUUUGUGAUAACUAUGAAAUCCGGUCUGGGAAAUACCUUGGAGUGUGCAUAUCUGUCGCAAACAACCGCCUGUUUGUUGGAUCAAUCCCAAAGAACAAGACCAGAGAGAGCAUAUUGGAGGACUUUGGCAAAGUCACAGAGGGGCUUCAGGAAGUGAUCCUCUACCACCAGCCAGACGACAAGAAGAAGAACCGUGGCUUCUGUUUCCUGGAGUACGAGGACCACAAGUCUGCAGCCCAGGCCCGCCGCCGCCUGAUGAGUGGCAAGGUGAAGGUGUGGGGGAACCCGGUCACUGUGGAGUGGGCUGACCCGGUCGCUGAGCCCGACCCAGAUGUCAUGGCGAAGGUGAAAGUCCUGUUUGUCAGGAAGCUAGCCACCCCGGUCACAGAGGAGCUACUGGAGAAGACCUUCUCUGCGUUUGGAAAGCUGGAGCGGGUGAAGAAGCUCAAAGACUACGCCUUUGUUCACUUUGAGGACAGGGACGCAGCUGUGAAGGCAAUGGCAGAAAUGAAUGGGAAGGAGCUGGGGGGAGAGGAGAUUGAGAUAGUCCUGGCCAAGCCCCCUGACAAGAAAAGGAAAGAGAGGCAGGCUCAGCGCCAGACCACCAGAAACCCAGGGUAUGAUGACUAUUACUACUACCCACCGCCACGCAUGCCUCCACCAGGUAGGGGCAGGGGCCGUGGUGGCAGAGGGGGUGGUGGCUACGCCGCCUACCCCCCAGACUAUUACAGCUACGAGGACUACUACGAUGACUACUACGGCUACGACUAUCAUGACUACCGCGGUGGUUACGAGGACCCGUACUACGGUUACGACGAUGUGUACAGCAUGAGGGGCCGUGGCAGCCGCCCCAGCAGGGGAGGCCCACCCAGGACCCGCGGAGCACAACCCACACGGGGCCGAGGGGGCUAUACCCAGAGGGGGCCACCCAUCGGCGGGCCCAGGGGUGGCAGAGGAGGGGGCCGUGGGGGACCAUUCCAACCACAGAGGGGCCGAGGUACCCGAGGAGCCAGGGGGAACCGCGGGGGCAAUGUGGGCGGGAAGAGGAAGGCGGAUGUCUUCAACCAGCCUGACUCCAAGCGCCGGCAGAUCAACCAGCAGAACUGGGGGUCCCAGCCCAUCGCCCAGCAGCCCCUGCAGCAAGGGGCCGACUAUUCCGGUGGUGAAGCGAGAGCAGCAUCGCUUGAGUGAGGAAAGAACUCACCCUGAACGGUGUUCCUUACAAAAGGCCCGGGUGAGCUAGUUGAGUACUGUCUCUCCUCACCUACAACUGCUGCUAAAAUCAAAAGGGGGGGACUUCCAGCCACAGUCAUGCCAUGCUCCUUGUUAUUGUUGUUACUAAUAUACUACCACUGUAGGGGAGCUUCCCUCAAGCUAGCCCUCACCCUGCCCUUCCUGUGGACCAGUUAGGUUGGGCUCAUUUGAGAUGGAGUGGACUUACGGCCCUCCUCCUAAGGAGACCUCUGUUAUUUUCUCCAAACUCCCAGCCUGGGCAACAGUGGGCAUUGACAUCUCCCCUGACGAACUCCUGGCAUAUUUCCGAGCCCAGGCUGAUGAAAAAACUCCAAGGCUACUCUACUACAUCGAUCUCCUGUCCCCAUAUCUCUCACCUCUGCUGCUAGUCUUUGUCAUAGCUGCUGCUGGCUACCAUGCUUACAGAAAAAUGUGUAAAUGGAAGGAGUGGUCGGAAGCAGAUGCCCUGUCUAAGCGACUAUAUCAAGGCUUGGAACUUAAGGAGAGCCUGGCAGCAAGGGUGAGGGAGGCCAGUCAGCGCCUGGAUGCCCUGGAGGAGGCCAAGCGAGCUGUCCGUGGCAGAAGGGGCAGGCACUGUCACCGCUGUGGCUCCUCCACCAGAUAACAUGAAGACAGCCUGCUGGACACCAGCCAGAGACAAUAAAAUAUGAGGGGAAAGUUGGGCUGUGUGUGUCCCCCCCCUAUUUUUCAUUAACUGAAAUAAAAGAUCCCAUUUUCCAUACGCUGAAAAAGCUUAUUUCUCACAAAUGUUGUGCACAAAUGUGUUUACUUCCCUGUUAGUGAUUUCUCCUUUGCCAAGAUAAUCCAUCUGACUGGUGUGGCAUAUCAAGAAGCUAAUUAAAUUGGAUGAUUAUUAAACAGGAGCACCUUG